AGACGUGGAUACUGGCUCUGUUACUGCUUGUCUAUGGACUGAAGCUGCAAAUAUUGAUGCAUUAUCCGUGUGGGCUUCUCGCUGGAAAGGUGCGUUCCGCGCAGAGAAAUGCUUAUUUGCGUUUUUCAACGCCAUGGGUAGGACCAAUGUCAGUACUUGUCACCAUCGCUACUGUACCAGGAUCCUUGGAAUCGCAAGAGCUAGUUAAAAAACUGGCAGGCUUUCGCCGGAUAUCCUCGACCAAGCAUAAGCUUUCCGCGCACGUCUUAUACCUCGCGCCUGGGACCACUGGGAAUCCGAACGCGUACUUGAACCUCGCUCGCGUCUUCGCUCAGACUUCAACGGUGGCUUUAUUUCCAGGAAACCUCUCCGUCGUGCCUCCGAAAAGUUUCCAACGGCCGGUCUCAUCAUCUUCUAGCCUUUCCAUUGACAAGCCUGUCGUCUUCAGCUUGCGUGGUCGAACGACAUUUCCCUUCUCGCCUCUGUCGCCCGUGCUCAUGGGGCGCGACAAUCCUGUCUGGUGCACAGAACGGUUCUUCCUUGGUCUUUCACGCCCGGCGAACUGGGCUGAAUGUCUCUGGCAGAUCUGGCUCGAGAACUUCGGAGGCGUCGAUGUGCGACCCACUACGGACUGGGUCGAUGAGGUUCGCACGUCACAUAACGCGUCAUCUGCUGAGGUAUUUGACCCCUAAAAUGCAAUGUGCGUGUACUAAUAAUCUGCGCCGACUAAAGCUAAGGGUACAUCGUCGAUUGAGCAAUAAAUUUCGAGGCGAAACUUGCAUCCUAUCUACGAGACAAACGGCCGCCGCGCGCAAUCUCGAACCCGAGACACAAACACGAAAGGCUCGGUGGUUGAAGAGGAGCUGCCGCCCGUGGAUGACGGGGCGCGAACAUGAUUGACGGCUUUGAUUUUCUUCCGGAUUUUCUGGU